AGCUCAAGGUGUUUACAUCAGAUUCGACGGUUUCUCCUUCGAUUGUUCAUUAGCCAUUAGGCCUAUACAUAGUAAUACAUACAGUCCAGCGUUUAUCAUUUUUAAACAAAUAUUGACUUGGAGGUUAACAACAAACUAAAAACUGAAAAUGUUGGCAAGCAAAUUGGCUUGUGGUCACACUGUUUUGACAUGCUUCAGUCGCCCAGCAGUCUUUCAAACUCCAAAAACAAUGAUCUUUCGAGUACAAAUGUAUGCCUCUGAAACAAGAUCAGGCCUUGGCAGAUAUGCUAAAAGGAAAACUUUAAAAGAAACACUAAUGGCACCAGCUUCAGAAACUCCAUUCAACAUUGGGAAAGGUGUGGUAGCAGGUGGUGCUGCUAUUGGAAUAGGAGCUCUUUGUUUCUAUGGCCUCGGCCUGUCCAACUCACCUGGUGCUAUUGAGAGGGCUGUUGUUUGGCCAAAGCAUGUGAGACAGAGGAUCCGAGACACCUACAUGUACCUGGGAGGAGGUCUGGCUGUAACAGCUGUUGCUGCAGUAGCUGCCAGUCGCAGUCCUGCUCUGAUGAACUUCAUGAUGAACAACUCUCUUCUGUCCAUUGGAGCUACCAUAGCGGCAAUGAUAGGCACAGGAAUGCUGUGCAGGUCGAUUCCGUACAGGGAAGGGUUUGGUGCCAAACAGAUGACAUGGCUGCUACAUGUUGGUGUAAUGGGGGCUGUUGUGGCACCACUGACUUUACUUGGAGGUCCACUUCUAAUGAGAGCUGCCUGGUACACUGCAGGCGUUGUUGGGGGUUUAUCAGCUGUAGCCAUGUGUGCUCCCAGUGAUAAGUUUCUUAACAUGGGAGGUUUACUCGGUGCUGGACUUGGUGUUGUUUUCGUUGCAUCUCUUGGCUCCUCAUUUUUCCCCCCAACAACGGCUCUUGGUGCUGGCUUGUAUUCAAUCAGUAUUUAUGGGGGUCUAGUGCUCUUCAGCUUGUUCCUAUUGUAUGACACACAAAGGGUUGUCAAAGCUGCUGAACAGCAUCCACUCUAUGCUGACCGCCCGUUUGAUCCUGUCAAUGCGAGCAUUAGCAUCUACAUAGAUACACUGAAUAUCUUCAUUAGAAUUGCCAUGAUGCUUGCCGGUGGAAAUAACAGAAGGAAAUAAAUGUGUCGAUAACUUUUUUUUAUUGAAAGUGUAUUUAUUAAAGUUCUGACAAUGAAUUUCUGGGACAACUGUACAAGAUUUGGAUUACACGAUUGUUUACCUUUUUGUUAGAAACUCUGUGGAAUUGUUCAAAACAAGAUUUAAAAAAAGAUUGUCUAUAAAUAAUUGUCUAUAAUUGUGUAUAUACUUUUCUAACAAGCAUUCGAUAUUAAUUGUUGAAGUGAUUUAUUAUAUGAACAUGGCUGAUAACAAGCAAAAGAAAUGUUAUCGCUGUUCUGUAGGAAUCUUGAUCCUGGUUAUAUCUCAUCAAUUUAAAUAGAAAUAAGUACCAAAUUUAAAACUUAAAUUAUAAAUAGAAUUCUUAUGUUUAAAAAUUAAUGCUGAAUAAUUUUAAUCAUAACAGCAUAAAAACUUUUUCUAUAUUUUUUUUUUAGUUUAAACAUUUGAGCUUAAGUUAGAAGUAUUGAUUGUUCCUCUUAAUUUUGUAGGUUUUAUUCAAUAAUUACCUGUAAUCUUUGAUAAACUAUAAGAUAAAUGUUUUAUAAAUAAACUAAUUUAAAAAUACAUGCUGGUGUCUUUUAAAAACACUAUGGAAACAAUUGAAUAAAGCAACUGAUCUCU